AUGCUGUGUUUGAAAACACACCUCUCUUUUCCAUUCCGCAUCCCAUCAUCAGCAUCUCCAAAACACCUCACACACCACCUCCGUUCCUCGCCGUUCAGAUCCACGAUCAAGAUGACGUCAUCAACCAAAACCCAAGCCAUCGAACACAUCGUCCUCUUCAAAGUCAAAGAAAACACCGAACCAUCAAAAGUAACCUCCAUGCUUAACGGACUCAGUUCCCUCAUCUCCCUAGAUGAAGUCCUUCAUCUUACCGUAGGCCCUCUCCUACGCAAUCGCUCCACCGCGUUAACGUUCACUCACAUGCUCCACAGUCGGUACAAGUCCAAAGAAGAUCUCGAAGCCUACACCGCGCAUCCAAGCCAUCUAGGCGUCGUUAGGGGAAGCGUUCUCCCGAUUAUUGAUGAUCUAAUGGCGGUGGAUUGGGUUGCUGACGAUGCCGAUUUGGUUCCGGCAACGGGGUCGGCGAUUCGUGUGACGUUGUUGAAGUUGAAGGAGGGCGUUGGUAGCAGUGAGGUUGUGGAGGUUAUUAGAGGAAUACCGGAGAGUUUUAAACAGAUUAGUCAACUGACUUGUGGAGAGAAUUUCUCGCCGGCGAGGGCUAAGGGUUUUUCGGUUGCUUCGCUUGCUGUGUUUCCCGGGGAGAGGGAGUUGGAGGAAGUUGAUUCGGAUAAGGAGCUGGUGGAGUAUCAGAAGGAGAAAGUUAGGGAUCGUGUGGAGAGUGUGGUGGUGGUUGAUUAUGUGGUGCCGCCGCCUCCGCCACCGCAAUCGGCGAGUCUUUGA